UGUAUAUAUAUAUAUAUAUGGAUAGUCUAGAUUACACUCAGUUAAAGAUAUUCACCACAGUCAGAGACAAAGAAACGCUUUAUAUGCUCUACUUAAUACAAACUCUAUCUGUAAUUUAAUAACAUUCUCUUAAUUGGCAUAUUUUAAAAACCAAUUAAACUCACAUAAGCAUUUUGUUCUUAUUACCGUGUUAGAUACAGUAACGAUGCAGUUACACGAGCUUUGUGACCUUUGUAUAAUAAUUAAUACAGUUAUAGUCAAGUAUCAAACGUAAUUCCUUUCUUCUAAAUUAUACAUAUAUUACUAAUAUGCUACAUAUCGCAAAUAAUUAGAAUAAUUUUGGCAAAUUCUUUUCAAGUAAAUCUUCCAAAGAAACAUAAAGUAACAUGUUUCUUUACAAUUAUAACGGUUAAAAAAAUUGAAAAAUAUAAUGUUAUUUCAUUAUAUUAAUUAUGAAUAUGUACCAAUUAAUUGAGAUAGAAGGAACAGUUUAAAGCACAGGUACAAAUGUUGAGAGGUAGCGAAGGAGGGGGAGCCAAUAUAAAGCAGCUCCAUUCUUCUGCAGGAACAAUAUUAAAGAAGUCAAUGCACUAUAAAGACUGUGCAAAAUCUAGUCAGAUAAAUAAAUGAUUUGCUAUUUUCAACAAAAAAAUCUAAUUUAAUUUGAUCGUUGAAAAAAAAACCGAAAUAAAUAUCACCGAUUUAAAAUGUGCGACGACGACGUAGCAGCCUUAGUUGUCGAUAAUGGAUCCGGAAUGUGUAAAGCAGGAUUUGCUGGAGAUGAUGCCCCACGUGCGGUAUUUCCCUCUAUCGUUGGAAGGCCUAGAUAUCAGGGAAUCAUGGUCGGCAUGGGACAAAAGGACAGUUAUGUAGGAGACGAAGCGCAAAGUAAAAGGGGCGUUUUAACGGUUAAAUAUCCAAUCGAACAUGGCAUUGUAACAAAUUGGGACGAUAUGGAAAAGAUUUGGCAUCAUACGUUUUAUAACGAAUUGAGAAUCGCACCGGAAGAACAUCCUGUUCUUUUAACGGAGGCUCCGCUGAACCCUAAAGCCAACAGGGAAAAGAUGACACAAAUAAUGUUUGAAACUUUUAAUUCUCCAGCGAUGUACGUCGCUAUACAAGCUGUUUUAUCGCUUUACGCUUCGGGACGCACUACAGGCAUUGUAUUAGAUAGCGGUGACGGAGUUUCGCAUACUGUGCCGAUUUAUGAGGGAUAUGCCUUACCACAUGCAAUUUUACGCAUGGACCUGGCCGGUCGCGAUUUAACGGACUAUCUUAUGAAGAUCUUAACCGAAAGAGGAUAUUCCUUUACUACGACCGCCGAACGGGAAAUCGUUCGAGAUAUUAAGGAAAAACUAUGCUACGUCGCUUUAGAUUUUCAACAAGAGAUGGCUACGGCUGCCGGUUCGAGCGCUCUGGAAAAGAGCUACGAAUUACCGGACGGUCAGGUAAUUACUAUUGGAAACGAACGUUUCCGAUGUCCAGAAGCAAUGUUCCAGCCAAGUUUCUUAGGCAUGGAAUCAUGCGGGAUACACGAAACAACGUACAAUUCGAUAAUGAAAUGUGACGUUGAUAUUCGUAAAGAUUUGUAUGCGAAUUCAGUUUUAUCAGGCGGUACAACAAUGUAUCCGGGUAUCGCGGAUAGGAUGCAAAAGGAAAUAACGGCACUAGCUCCAUCCACGAUGAAGAUCAAGAUAAUCGCGCCACCGGAAAGGAAAUACUCCGUUUGGAUCGGUGGCUCGAUCUUAGCCAGUUUAAGCACCUUCCAGCAAAUGUGGAUUUCGAAGCAAGAGUACGAUGAAUCGGGACCGUCCAUUGUGCACAGAAAGUGUUUCUAAAUUUCUCUGUCUGUAUUUUCGGAUAAAAAAAGAAGUUUCACUACAUUCCGUUAAAAAAUUAUCAGUUAAUAUUAUAUCAUGAUGAAAUAUUUUCGUUUUACAUACAAAAUUAUACAUUCGAACGCGUAACGUAACACUUAUUUGAAAAAUUUCGAUCUUUUAUAAUAGGAUGUUUAAUCUUUAACAUUUCGUCUAGACGUAUCUUUGUACGAAAUAAUCCUAUUUUAUUCGAUAUCGCUUAAUUCUAAGUCGUAACUUCCAUUAGAUACAGAUCAUUUCAUAAGUUAUUAAUGGAUCUUUUGGUUUCUUCUUAAAUUACUUAUUUAUUUAUUUACCUUCUUGUUAACUUAACUUAAGCUUUAUUAGUUUAAAAACGAACCUUUUUCUUCGACUAUGUUAACAAUCGAAAUACGGAGUUCGAUUGUACGCUUAUAUCGUUACUAUCAUGCGUUUACAAAUAGAUUUAUAUUUCCUUGAAAAUGAUCCAUUACUUACGGAACAACCUGUAUUAAUAAUAAUAAUAAUAAUGAUAAUAAUAAUAAUAAUAACGCAUGUACUAUAUUAUGUAGUA